UCAUUUGUGCUCUACCAACUUUGCUGGUACUUAUGCUUUGUAUAAUAUAUUCUCAGAUUUUUUUUGCUGCUUUUACAGUAGGCAGCGGAUAUGAACGCAAAAGUUACUCAGAUAAUUGGUUGCAUGAUUCAUACCUUAAUCCAGAAACAGAAAAUUACCAGAUGGAUCCACGUAUAAAGGAAGACUUCAACGCCUUAUAUGACUACCAUGGUUAUCUUCGGCUCAACAAAAAUCCGAACAUCGAAGAUAUUUUUUAUGAAGAUGACGGCAGACAGUUUCAUGGCCACUUGAAAAAAUCCGAUUCCAGGCCCAAAUAUGAUCCUGGAUGGAAGUUCAUAGGUUUAGGGAAACGACCUCACCGGAAAGAUCGAAUUUAUUCUUACAGCAUUGAUUCUACAGGCAGUGAUAUAAAUCCCCUAUUAGGUAUAUCGACUUUAGUAAACUUGGAAUUCUUUAAUGCAAUUAAGGAUGGGAUUGCAGACGCAAAAGAAGCUAUCAAAAAAGAAGAUGCAAUGCGUAGGUAUAGUAGCAUAUCUGAUGGCCAUACAGAUGGGUAUAGAAUUGGUAAUAAGCAUACCUUUUUGGGAGGAAGACAAAAACCUAUGUACGAUCCUGGUUGGAUGCUAACUGGACUGGGAAAAUGACGUGAUUUGUAAUGAUUUGUAAUUCUGAAGUAUUUUUUCUGUUGUCUGUUACUUUUGUGCAA